AUGUCGCGCAAACCCUCCGAGGCCACCAAGGCCUGGGAGGUUGCCGUCUCAAAAGGCGAGAUGGCAUGGCUCAGGGACACUACGUUCGUGGCCGCCGACUGUUUCAUGCCUCCCAGCAACUACCAACCCCACACAUGGGAGCGGAUCGCUGUUCCUCCUGCGAUCCUGAGCCACCGCAGUGGACUCGUCUACAAGCGCGUCCCUGGCAGGAGUGUCGACACCAAAUACAACAUGGUCGUGGCCGAGCUCAAGAGCCAGGGAGUUGGCGGGCGAAAGCGUGCCAGGACAACCAACUACAAGAGCGUCUAUGGCCCGGCCACCUUCGACCCCAAGUACGAGCACGACUCGGCGAACUUCAAGUACAUGAAGCGACGCGUCGCCGUAGCUCGACUCCAGGUCAAGACUGCGUACGAGAGGAUCGCCCAGGCCAACCAGGCCCUUCGCAAGAACGCGCGCCCGACCAAGCGACCCUCAUACGACCCAACCCAGCUGGUCUCUGUGCCCCGCAAGCGACGCAAUACUCGCCUGCCCAUCACCCCUCCCACUUGGGAGAAGAUGCUCGCCGAGUGCCAACCCCUCAUCGCCUUCGAGACAAAACCUGCCGAACCCGACAAGGCCGCGAAAGCCGCCAAGAAGGCAAACUUCUUUGAGCAGGUUGCGGCCGCGCACCGCCGUCGCGCUCGCGUCAGGCAGAAGAGGCCGUGCAAGAGCCGCCGCGCCAAGUUCGUGCCUACAAAACUGGACACCAUCUCGGAGGAGUUUAAGGAGCCCUCCGGUGUGCCAGUCAAGUAUCAGCCGAUGUACAAGGCGCCUAAACAGAGGUGGGCUGCUGCUGCGGACAAAUACUUUACAAUGUCUGCCACGGCCGCAGGCGUCGUCGCGGACGACGGUGAGGGCGACGACGCCCGUGUCGUGAUCACGAACACCCGCGGUCACUUCCAAUGCCCGCCGUCCGCGUCUUCUGGAUCCAGCACCGCCACUCCUUCCGAGCCUGGCGCUGAAGAGCCUGUCGUGAUCACGAACACCCGCGGUCACUUCCAAUGCCCGCCGUCCGCGUCUUCUGGAUCCAGCACCGCCACUCCUUCCGAGCCUGGCGCUGAAGAGCCUGUCGUGAUCACGAACACCCGCGGUCACUUCCAAUGCCCGCCGCCCGCGUCUUCUGGAUCCAGCACCACCACUUCCGGCGACCGCAAGCGCAGGGCUGAGGAUGACGACCUCGAUCAACGAACCCCGGCCCGCCGCCGACUCUCGCAUCCCGAUCCCGCUGCUGAUCCAGCUGCUGUGGCUGUAUUCAACCAGCCGACGCAAGUGCACGCCGAGCCCGAGCACGAGACUAAGAGACGUGUCUCCCUCGACAAUGCACGACGCAGUGACAGGUCACACCAGAUGACGUCCUUUAAGAAAGUCCGCACCUGGGUGGCCACCACUUUCAGCGGGCGUCGCCGCAGCUAUUCCGAGGCUAUGGAGGGGGAGCAGGACGGCCAAGACGAGCCGCCGCGCACGAGACUCCGACGGACUCUCGACCUUGAUGCGGGAAGCAACCCCGACAUAUUCGGACAGACACCUUCCCACAACCCCCGACGAAAGAUCAAGUCUGCCAUGCUUCGCUAUGGGCAACACACCUCUACAGCCAAGUGGGAAUCCAUCUCGGACGUGCCAAGCGAAUUCUCGGCGGUACAGAGGACGCUUUACCCUGAGCCAGCGACUGAACCGGACACUACACCCGUCGCCCCAGCGCCUUUGCCAAUGUGCAAUGUAGCCUUCAAGGACUAUGACGGCAUUCCGAAUAUCUGUGAUUCGAUUAGAAAUCAUCUCGAUAGGAGGGCCAACAUGGCAUUCGGCAAGAUUGACGACGUUGACGAAAUUGAGAAGGCCACUAAGAGGGUCGUUGAGGCGGCCAUUAAGGAGGCCAAAGAGGCCAAACAGGCCAAGGAGGCCAAGGAGGCCAAUGAGGUCGAUGAGGGCGCCAAAGCUGAUGAGGACGACAAGAUUGACGACGGCGACAGCAUUGCAUCAGAUGACACGCAACCCUUUGACGAGGAUGAUCGCGCUUACGAUCGCAUCAAGGGUCAUGGUCAGCCUGGCGAAGACGAAAAGUCGACCACGGGAGAUGUUGAGGUCGACACUACUGUCCCCAACUCACCUGCGACUGAGCCACGAAUGGCUGACUCGCCUGUCACGAACUCACCUUCGCACGAUUUGACAGUGCCUGACUCACCAAAGUCUGGCCCUCCGUCGGCUAUGGAGACGACUGUUGAGACAGCACGCAUGUCGCCUGACCCUGACACUCCUCUUCAAUCCGUAGAGGACGAUGUUGUUGAGACAACCAGUGUCGAAACAACCACUGUCGAGUCCACUGUCGCGCCCACUACUGUCGAGUCCGCCACUGUCGAGUCCACCAUCGUCGAGUCUGCCGUGAUUGACACGCUCAACCCCGAAGAGCCUGCGGCUUCACCACAGCCUGCUGGACACUCCGAUGGUGACUCUCAUGCGGCCACAGGACAGCACCUGGAUGCAGCAACACCGGACAGGAUGACCCUGGACGAAGCUGCUGUCGAGCAGCCUUCGGUCAUACCGCAGCCCGUUGAAGCAGCAGAGGUUGAGCCCAAUGAGGACCUUGUUCCCGAGGCCACGGCUCAGCCGCAGGUUGUGGAUGCCCAGGUUGCCGACUCGGGCGAAGACUCUCAGCUCGACGUGCUGCACAACUUCCUUCGCCGUGCUCAGAUGAAGGUGAAGGCGGUAUGGUCAGGCUCGACAACGGCCACCCCAAGCGCUGCAGAGCCGCAGAACGCCCCAAAGUCUCCAAGCGAGCCAAAGACGCCAAUCGUUUCCGUUGCAGCUCCCGAGAGCCCCCGCAAGGCGCUUACACAGAAGGACUCCAACAUGAGUCCCAUCGCCGGCAAGACCAGCAUGAGUGGCAGCCCAGGCAAGAAGCGCAAGCUCAACGACGCCGAGGGACAGCAGAUGAACCUGACGAAGGGAAGCGGUCUUGUGAAGCCCGACCUUGAGGAUACUAUUCCACAGCCCACGCGCAAGAGGCGCAGAAGGGGGGCAGAGGAUGACGCAUCGGAUGAGGUCCUCAACCCGGAGAUGAUGGCACACACUGGUAGCCUCACCCAGAAGGGGUCGUUCGGGGGCCCACGGCGCUCCAAGCGAGUUGCUCCCCCCAGGACGACAGUGGUCUACACCGGAUCGUCCAACUUCCCCGCCUCCCUCAUCGGAUCGCUUGACGCGGACCUGCCCGCAGUCUCGACCGCGGGUCUUAUGCAGCAGAGGAGGGAGAGGGACCUCGCCACAUUGACGCGCACUAACACUCGCCGAAACAAGGGUGCCGCCAUCCCGCCUCCUGCGCGCCUGGCCGCUCCGAGCUUUGCCAACGACCCCUUCGUCUCGCCCGAGAAGGCCUCUGGGUCCCAGGCCGCCCGACCGAGGAGGUCCGUCCGCUGGGCCGAGACCCUGGCUCGUUACCAAGGUGACGACGCCGGCGAGUCCUCGUCGUCCACGAUGGCCGCGAGCGCUGCGGCUGCUGCUGCUGAUGCUGAUGCUGCUGAUGCUGAUGCUGCUGCUGCCCAGCCUGCCCUCGAGCAGCCCCCGAGCCCCACCGGCCAGGCCCCUCCAGCGGCCUCCCCCUUUGCCCCCUCUUCUUCCGCCGCACCCGAGUCGGAGAAGAAGAAGGCCCUCCGCCCGCGCCCCUCCCGGCUGCCGGCUGCCGUGGCUAAGACCCCGGCCCCGGCUCCCACCCCGGCUCCCACCACCACCACCACCACCCCCCGGUCCAGGGCGGCGGCGGCUUCUACUCCCUCCCGUGCUGUCCCAUCGACUCCCUCGCGGAGGUCGAGUGCCGUCGGCGCGCGCCUGGGCACCUCUGCUGCCAAGCGCAGGGGGAGUGCCAAGAAGUGA